CUGCACAUGUUAAAACCCUCUUUGUACUGACAGAGCUAAGUGGAUCGGCGUUGGUAACCAGGACAAAGCAAGGGAAACUGGAGGCUCCAGACACAAAUAUCUGAGUCCGUGUUUGUCUCUGCUCUCCUAACCCACUCACGUUCUCGGCUUCUGAUUGGAUGAAAGAGACGGUUUGUCCCUAGAAAGCUACAGUACACUGAACCGUUCUCAGCUGUGGGUCAAUAGGCUGCAGAGCAAUUGCUACGGUAAUCUGAGAGUCGGAGAGAGGAUCCGUCCGCAGGCAGAAUGCCUGGUGACAUCUUCCCGUGGCUGCUGCUCCUGUCUCUGUUUGGAACGACCCACGGCUGUCUUCAGGAUACCGCUACGGCCUACAAGUUCACCGGGACUGUGUGCAGACUCACCCACCCUGCUGCUGUUGUGUUGAAUGAGAAAACAACAAAAGUCAUUGAGGCAGCAUUCCAACACGCCCGUUACCCAACUAUGCAAGGAGAGAGAUCUGCUGGGUUUUUUGGCAAAGUCUCAUAUGGCCUAGAAAAUUUGGAGAUUUUUAACCUGUCGAUUGGCCGCAGUGAGUUUGAGCUGCGUCCGGGGGAAGGCAUCGGUCUGGAGAUAAACAACGUCUCUGCCGUGUUCAGUGGGACCCUCCAGUACGGAUACGGCAACUGGCUAGUAAACGUUGGACAGAAACUUGAUUUUGAGGUUGAAACUCAGAUCGAUCUUGGAAUCAACCCCAAACUUUACUGCGGUAAUUCAAAAGUGGCAGCAGACACGUCUGAUUGUUACCUGACUUUUCACAAGUUUCGCCUCUACCUGCAGGGAGACAAGGAGCCCAACUGGCUGAAGAAGGCCUUCACCGACUUCAUCACCUUCACAGUCAAGCUGGUCGUCAAGGGACAGAUCUGUAAAGAGAUCAACAAGAUGGCCGACAUCCUGGCUGAUUUUGUACAAGACACAGCAGCGGACUUUGUCAGCGAUGGCGGCAUCAGUGUGGAUAUCGGUAUAACUACGGCUCCUGUCAUCACAGCUAACUACAUAGAGUCCUACCACAAGGGCGUGACUAACUACCUAAACCAGACCUCUGUGAUCAACAACUCAGUUUUUCACCCAAAUCUGCUGACUGAAAACAGGAUGCUCUACUUCUGGGUUUCAGAUGAAUUUUUUAAUCCGUUGGUUGCUGCUGCUCAUCAAGAUGGACGCUUCCAACUCAACAUCUCGUCAGAAGAACUCCAAAUGCUGUUUAAGACAAAUCUCUCCAGCAUCAAGCCUGAAUAUAUCGAAAAGUGUAUGUUGGAAUCGGCCUCUCCUGAGCUGAGAGUGUGGAGUUCAUCCGUUCCCGCUCUGAACACCUCCACCGUGGGAACAUCGGUCAGAGCACAGGCCACUGGAGAGCUCUACUGUGGGAGUCAAGACAAACCAACACUCUUCUUUCAAACGAACAUUACCGUAGACGUCACAGCUUCCUAUGCAGACAAGAAACUUUUCCUCCAGGGUAAACCACGAGAGAUCUUUGUAGUCCGAGCUGAGCUGCCCCAGCAGAAUCAACCGAUAUAUGAAAAGGCACAAAUCGAGUUUAUAAGAGAAGCUGUGGAGAAAAUAGGCAUUCCAAAAGUCACGUCUGUUUUGGAGGUGGAGGUAACAAGGUUGUUAGACAAACAGGGGACAAACUUGUUUGACAUCAUUAACCCUGAGGUGCUUCAUCAGGAAGGAUAUGUUGUGAUUCAGAUGGAUUUCGGCUUCCCUCAUCAUCUCCUUGUGGACUUCCUCAAGAGAACGCUGCAGUAAAUAGAAUAGAGCAGAAUAGAAAUACCUUUUAUUGUCCCACAAUGGGGACAAUAAAGGUAUUUUUAAGUUCUUGAUGUUACUGACCUCAUCUGAAAAACCUUUUCCACGUACAAAAGAACCCACUGAACAUUUCUUUAGGGGAUUGGUUUGUGUUUACUUAGAGUUUUGUUUAUGUUAUAAAAAUUAUACA